AUGCGUCUGAUCAACUCUGAGACCCUGCAACUCAAAGACGUGGUAGGACAAGUCCCGCCGUACGCCAUUUUGUCUCACACAUGGGGCCCCGACGAGCUGUCUUACCAGUCAUACCGUGACCCAGAAGAGCGGCAGGCGCACGCCGGUUAUCCCAAGGUCAGGCUUCUCUGCGAGCAGGCCCGAAGAGAUGGACUGGAGUACGUGUGGAUCGAUACUUGCUGCAUCGACAAGUCCAGCAGCGCCGAGUUGAGCGAGGCCAUCAACUCCAUGUUCCGGUGGUACAGCGAGUCUGCGACCUGCUAUGCCUACAUCGAGGAUUUUGACUUGUCUGACGAUGACGUCGGGAUCAAGAUGACGGCCAAGCUGAGAGCCUGCCGAUGGUUUUCUCGCGGCUGGACGCUCCAGGAGCUCAUAGCCCCCAAACAGGUGCACUUCUUCGGAGCGGGCUGGCAGGCCAUCGGCGAGCGGUCGGCCAUGAAGACCGCACUGGCAGCGAUCACGGGGAUAGACGAGGACGUGCUGGGAGAGAACCCCACCGACAUCAAGCUGAUCAGCGUCGCGAAGAAGAUGAGCUGGGCCGCGGGCCGGGAGACGACACGGGUCGAGGACAUCGCGUACUGCCUGCUGGGCCUGUUCGACGUCCACAUGCCCAUGCUGUACGGCGAGGGCGCCAAGGCCUUCGUGCGGCUGCAGGAGGAGAUCCUGCGCGAGUCGGAGGACCACUCCAUCUUCUGCUGGCGCGCGGCCCGCGACGGCGGGCCCGCCCCGUACCGCGGCAUCCUGGCCGACUCGCCCGACGAGUUCCGCGGGAGCCAGAAGGUCGUGCCGUUCCCGAGCCUCCGCGCCGCCGGCUCGAGCCUCAUCACGACGACGAGCCGCGGCGUCUCGCUGACCUCGACCGUCUUCUGGGACGCGGCGCGCGAGGACCGCAUCGUGGCGCAGGUCGGGCUCAACUGCCGCUGGGGCGACGACUUCGACAGCGUCAUCGGGAUCGCGCUCGUCUCGCACGGCGGCACCGACCAGUACUUCCGGACGAGCCCGACCGAGCUCAUGUCGCUGCCGUCGUACGGGCGCCAGGAGACCAUCUACGUGGCCAAGUCGGUCCACCUCCGGCAGGUGACGCCGAUCCCCAAGCUCAACCGCCAGAGCGCCAUCUACUUCAGCCUCCUGCCCCGGGGCUCCGAGGCCAAGGCCGUCUACCCGGACGGCGCCAAGUACGACAAGCAGCUCCGGCUGCUGGAGCUGGGCCCAUGGGUCGCGGACGGCAAGGCUGGCCUGGUGCUGGAGUGCCCCGGCGUCCCGGGCCGCAUCCUGGUCCUGUUCUGGGUGACGCGGGAUCCGGAGACGUGGCUCUACACGUACGCCUUUGACGUGAAGACCGCGCCGCCCGAGAUGGCGCAUGCGUGGUUCCUAGCCGCGAGGAAACCCCGCGAGCCGGGCAGCGAGCACACGAUCCUGCAUGGCAGGCAGCAGCUCGUGGUCAGGGGCCGGCCGGGCAAGGUGCAGGGCUUCGACCUGUUCUGCGUCGAGGUCAGGGUCGAGGAGGCUCGCUUGGCACCGUCCUGGAGGGCCCGCUCCGUCUACUCGGCUUCGAGGAUACUGUAA